AUGCCAACGAAACAAGCCUUGAUGAGACGCACAAUCAUUGGUAAUUCAAUCUGUGACCAUUGCCAAGCUGAAGUUGAAGACCCACUCCAUGCCUUGUGGACUUGCACUGAGUUGGACACGAUCUGGGCAAAUCAAGCUUUAUGGGAAUUCCGAAACUCCGUCGGUUUUGCAGAUUUUAAAGACUUGGUUUCAUGGAUAAUAGCAGAGGGUAAACAACUGGAUCUUUUUGCAAUCACCGCAUGUUUGGAUGAGUUUCACAUGACAAGACAAGGACUAAAGUUUCAGAGGCAACGUGCAAUCCAAUCAGCACAAAACCAAUGGUUUCCUCCUCCAACGGACAUGGUGAAAAUAAAUUUCGAUGGAGCGACGUGUCCAAAAAAGAAGAAGGUCGGUAUAGGAGUAGUGAUUCAUGAUGUAAAUGGUUUGGUGCUGGCCUCAUGUGCAAAGAUAAAACACCAACCUUACAAGGCAGUGGAGAUUGAAUCCUUGGCAACAGCAACGACACUAUCCCUUGCAACAAAUCUUGGUUUUCGAUGGGUUAUUUUGGAGGGAGAUUCAAUGGAAGUGAUACAAGCUUUGCAAGAGAAUUCAUAG